AUGCUCAUCCGAGAUGAGGGCACUCAAGUGCUUGUUUACUAUGUCAGCCGAGCUCUCCGCGGGCUGAAAAUCCGCUACACUCAGGUGGAGAAACUCGUGUUGGGAUUAGUUCAUGCCGCUCGACGGCUGAAACCUUAUUUCCUAGCUCAUCCCAUCUCUGUUAGGACAGAUCAGCCACUUCGACAGAUACUGGUUCGUCCCGAGGCUUCCGGGCGCCUCACCAAGUGGGCUGUCGAAUUAGGAGAGUAUGAUUUGUCGUACGAACCCCGCACUGCCAUAAAGGCUCAAGCGUUGGCUGAUUUUCUUGCCGAACUCACCUUCACCGAGAUCCGAGAGCCCACUCCCGCAAUCGCUGAAGUGUCGGACCAGCACUCAUGGACAUUGUAUGUGGACGGAUCAUCUAACGGGGAUGGCAGCGGUGCAGGAUUGCUCCUGGAAGGCCAUUGUGGAGAAGUGUGCUCAUAUGCCCUCCGCUUCGACUUCCCUGCCACCAAUAACGAAACCAAAUAUGAGGCCUUGAUUGCUGGAUUCCAGCUAGCCCGUAGGCUUGGUGCUAAGCGGAUCCAUGCCCACAGCGACUCCCAACUUGUAGUAUACCAAGUUCUUGGUGAAUAUGAAACCAAGGAUGAGACCAUGCAACGGUACCUCUCUAAAGUCCGUCAACUCACUGAAUACUUUGACUCUUUUAAAAUCCAAAAAAUACCCCGGUCACAAAAUAGGCUGGCUGACACCUUGUUUCGGCUGGCUUCCACAUCAUUUUCUGACCUUAACAAGACGGUUCUAGUGGAAGUUCUGAACGAGUCGAAAUACAUGGAAGGGGUGGCCUGCCCCGUAUACCCGGGAGACACAUGGAUGAGCCCAUUAAUCCUCUUCUUAGGCCAGGGAGUCUUCCCCGAGAACCGAGUCGAAGCGAGAAGGGUCCAACAAAAAGCAGCUCGAUAUGCGCUCCGCGAUGGAGAGUUGUACAAACGGUCCUACCUUGACCCGUGGUUGAGGUGCAUUACGCCCGAGAAGGGACACCAAGUCCUCCGCGAGAUACACGAAGGCUUAUGCGGGGCUCAUGUCGGUCACAGGAUGUUGGCCAAGAAGACCCUACUCUUCGGGUAUUUCUGGCCUUCCGUUAGACAAGAUGCCCAAAACCUUGUCCUUAGCUGCCCUUCCUACUAG